UAUUCAUCGGGACAAUGCUGCCUCUACAUUCUGUGUGUGCUUUGCUUCUGUUGGCACCACUGUAUUCUUCAGCUGAAGAUGACCCAACACAACCUCAGCGAAAUCCCUGUGCCAACUGGAUGGGUGGAGCACCUGGUUAUCCUGGACACAAUGGAAUGCCAGGGAGGGAUGGCAAAGAAGGGAAGGAUGGAGAAAAGGGCGAAAGAGGACAGACAGGUGUUCCUGGGCAAAAAGGAGAAGCUGGUGAGCACGGACCCCCAGGACCUGAGGGCCCACGGGGAUUCCCAGGAGCCCGAGGAGAGAUGGGGGAGAGCCCAUUCUUACAACGCUCAGCCUUUAGUAUGGGACUAACUGGCAGAGGUCCCACCCCAAAUGUUCCUAUCCGCUUCGCCAAAGUCUUUUACAAUGAGCAACGCCAUUAUGAUGAGAGCACAGGCAAGUUCAGCUGCCAUGUUAAGGGCCUUUACUUGUUCACCUAUCAUCUGACUGUUUAUAUCAAGGAUGUCAAGGUUGGGCUUUACAAGAAUAACAAGCCUGUCAUGUUCACCUUUGACCAGUUUCAGUCCAACAAUGUAGACCAGGCUUCUGGCUCCAUCCUAUUGCACCUGGAUGUUGGAGAUGAGGUUUGGCUGCAGGUUUAUGGAGAUGAUUUUGGAGGCAUCUAUGGAGAUAAUCUCAAUGACUCUACUUUCUCAGGAAUCCUGCUGUAUCCAAGCCAGACCUCCAACUGAUUCUCCUCUAGUGUUAUAUGACCAUGGGUCUUUUUUUGUCAGCAUGAACUGAUUGUAAAGUCUCAGAUGUCCUAGAACUAUCACAGAAUUACAAAGGCAAAUUGCUCUAAA